AUGCCUUCCAUCAAGACCGCCCUCGCCCUUACCCUCCUCGCCGCUGCCGAGCUAGUUGCCGGCCACGGAGCCAUCAUCCAGGCAACCGGCGACGCCGGCGGCACCGGCAUGGGCCUGGGCGUCGACACCAGUACUCCGCGCGACGGCACCGGCCGCAGGCCCUUCCAGCAGGACAGCACGCGGUUCCGGGGCGCGGCGGCCGACACCUUUGGUGAGACCCUCGAGGGCGGCGCCAACCAGCUCGAGGCCGGCACCAAGGCCAUCAUGGCCGAGACGGGCGACCAGCUCCCCCAGGUUUCCCAGGGCGGCCAGGUUCUCAUGACCCUCCACCAGGUCAACUCGGACGGGGCCGGGCCCUACACCUGCAUGAUCAAUGCCGACGGCACCGGCACCAACUGGACGAACAUCCAGGUCACCCAGAACGUCCCUGGCAGAAACUCUAGGAACAGGGCCGGCGCCACCACCGACUUCCCCCUGACAGCCUCCAUCCCGGCCAGCCAGAGCUGCAUGGGCACGGUGGCGGGGCAGGACAACGUGUGCCUGGUGCGGUGCGAGAACACGGCUCGCGCGGGCCCCUUCGGCGGCGUCGUGCCCGUCCAGAUGGCCGACAACACCACCACGCCCGCCGCGGCGCGUCGCGCCCUCGCCCGCAGCGUCCGGCUCGCCGAGGUCGCCAUCGGAAACCUCCGGAGGCGCGCGGCCGACCUGUCUAGGCUCGACUCGGCCGAGAUCGAGGAGAUCCUCGAGGAGUGCCAGUAGAUUUUUCUUCUUUCUAAAUCUUGGGGCGGACACCAGGUGAAGGCAAGUGUUGAGGUCAAUGUUGGGCGUGAGCCGCGCGGAAAUCUGUAUAGGUUGGUGGGUGAGCCUGGUAGAUCUGGAGGAGCGCUGGUGAUGAUCAUCGCAUUUUUGUAUUUUCUUUCUCUUCUUGUUCUCCUUUUUUUGUAUCUAGAUAUACCGAGGGACGCCGGCACUGAACAGUGCCCGGUCUUGCAUGUAGCAGGAGUCCAUUCAUUUUGAAGCUAAAUAAAAGCAUCUGCCAUUCCUUAAAACAAAGGAAUUGUCUUCACACCUUUCAAGUUGAGGAAGAAGAGGAAAGAGACAGAGAAGGAGAUGGAGAGCCACACACGCUGUUUUGGCUGCUAGCUUACAUUUGGGG